AUGACCACGUUGCAAGGACAAGAGGAUCUGCAGGCCGGACUCGAUUCGAGAUUCAAGCUGGCGGAAGAACAACAUAUGGCGGUAAACUCCGAAAUGAAGAACCAAUUGCAGGAACUUGGAAGAAGAGUAAGCAGGACCACCACAAAAACAGAAUUCGCCAAUUCCAUUAAGGCUUUGCAGACCAAGCUGGAUGCGAGAUUGAACAGAAUGGAGGAACUUAUGAAGAGACGCAUCGACGGAUCCGAGAACUUUCGUCGAACCUGGGAGGAAUAUAAAUCUGGAUUUGGGAAUGUCAGUAGAGAAUUCUUCAUCGGGCUGGAAAAAUUGCAUCGGAUGACUGAGGCACGACCCCACGAACUCUACAUUAAACUUGAGAAGGUUGAUGGAUCCACCAGCUACGCUCGUUAUGAUGACUUUAUGAUUGGGAGUGAGAAGGAAUUGUACAAGUUGAAGAAUCUAGGAAAAUAUUCUGGUGAAGCCGAAGACUCCCUCAGAUACAGUAAGAACCAAAAAUUCUCCACAUUUGAUCGGGAUAAUGACAAUAACAUUUAUUUCAAUUGUGCCUUUAGAGAUGGUGCAUGGUGGCACAAUAGCUGUUCAUACAGUUCGCUAAAUGGAGAAUACUUCAAAUAUGGCCAAGGUUAUGGAGGAAUUCUUUGGUACAAUUGGCUUGAAGAUAUGUCUGAAUCACUUACCUUUGUCGAAAUGAUGAUAAGGCCCAAGUCCUUAUAA